AAUACAUAAUUUUAUUAUGGAUUUGGAGCAAGUUCUUAAAAAAACAAGAUUUCAACAAAAAAGAAACUGGCAGUGGACAGCUCGAGAAAAACUUUUUGUAAUCGCUUAUCUUAAACAUGUUCUAGGUGCCACUGUUCAUGGAACAGCAGACAAAUUUAAUAUUCAACCAAAACAGAUUUGGGAAUGGCAUAAUAAAGAAGGAGAACUAUUGCUAGCUCAACCUUAUGUUAAACAUUUAAAUACUGGUGCAUGGCCCACUUACCCUAAUAUUGAAACUGAGCUUGCUAAGUGGGUUCAAGACUUACGCAAUGAGUUAAAGCCU